AUGCUGCACCGUAUACUGAGCUACUCCGUGUUCCAGCAGAACAACAGUCCGUUAAGCGCCAGCAGCAACGCCCAACUGAUCACAGGCCUCGCCUACCCCCUCACGGUCGAUAGAUCCGAUCUCGCAAAAGAGCCCCGUUUUGCCUACCUCUCCAGCGGCCACGGCACGGGUGGCAACACAGGGGACGAGUCCGAUGGUGUGAGCGACCAGAUGGUUCAGGCGAUCAAGACGUUCACCAUGAUGCAGAGCUCGGGUGCUGUUGCUGCCGCGUUGACCAAGGCAGCCUUGGGCCUACUGCAGGCUCAGAUCACCAAGAUCCUGCGUCUUGAGACUGAGAUGGAGCCGGGUAAGCCACUGAUGGCAUACGGUCUGGACUCGCUGUCAGCGAGCUGCGCGGAUGGGUGCAACGGUGAGACGGCCUUCCAUCACCCCAACUCCGAUGACCCCAACGGUACCACGCAUCAUCGGGGUGGCCACUUCAUUGGAGGCGACAUCCGAGACUUCGACCACGGCUUUUUCCAGUUCACUCGCCCACAAGCGGCAGCCACCGACCCCCAGCAGCGCCUAUUGCUGGAGCUGACAUGGGAGGCCUUCGAAAGCGCCGGUAUGUCAAGGGAAAGCGUGGCCGGCUCUGCCACCGGAGUCUACACAGCCUGCUUUUCGCUGGACUACGACCGUCUGGUGUUCCGAGACCCGAUGGAGCUCCCAGUGUACCUGUCAUCAGCUGUGGAGAAGGUCAUGCUAUCGAAUCGGCCGUCUCACGCAUUCGAUCUGCGUGGCCCGUCCUUGACACUUGAUACAGCGUGCUCGGGGGGGUUAACCGCUCUGCAUCUAGCAUGCCAGAGCUUGCAGGAUGGCGAGACGGACGCGGCGCUCGCAACCGCGACCAACCUGAUCCUUGGACCUGAUUUCACCAUUGGCCUGUCCAAUCUGCACAUGAGCAGUGCGGAUGGGCGCUGCUAUCCUUUCGACGACCGCGGCGACGGCUAUGGCCGCGGUGAAGGCGUUGUAGUGCUGGUGCUGAAGCGACUAGCCGACGCCGUGCGCGACCGCGACCCCAUUCGGGCAGUGAUUCGCGGUACGGCCGCCGGCCAGGACGGCUACACCCCCCAGAGCAUCACGUAUCCCAACGGCCGCGCACAGGCUGAUCUAGCCCGCAAGACAUAUGCUCGCGCCGGCUUGCGACCCGAGGACGUUGUUUAUGUCGAGGCACACGGCACCGGCACUAAGGCGGGUGAUAGCGAGGAGCUUGGUGGCAUUGCCGACGUGGGAGCGAUCGGCCACACCGAGAGCGUCGCCGGACUGGCCAGCAUGCUCAAGGCCACCGUCAUGCUGGAGCGUGGGCUCAUCCCACCCGUGGCCGGAUAUGCCAACCCAAAGCCCGGUUUGCCAUUACGUGGCAUGUGUGUGCCGACCCAAGUGGUCCCAUGGCCGCAAACCGCUGUUCCUCGUAUAUCCAUCAACAGCUUUGGGUUCGGCGGCGCAAAUGCUCACGUCGUCUUGGAGGGCGCUCCGGAACCAUCACCUCGCGGAGGUGACGUCGUCCACACAGUCUCGCCGCGUCUCUUCACGCUCUCCGCCAACUCAUCGCCCUCUCUCGAGGCCAUGGUCACAUUUUACCAUGAUUGGGUGGAGCAACGAGAGGAGACCGACACGCUCCUAGCCGAUCUGUCAUAUACUCUACUGCACCGCCGCUCCGCACUGCCAUAUCGCACCAGCGUAGUGGCUGACUGUCGACCCUCAUUGCUCGAAGCGCUGCGCGAUAGACCAUCACUGUCCAGCAGGCCAGUUACGCAGCCCGAAAAGCUCGACGUAGUAUUUGUAUUCACCGGUCAGGGUUCGCAGUGGGCUGGCAUGGGCCGUGAGCUAUUGCUGCUGGCUAGUGACACGCCCGGCAUAUCGACCAUCUUCCGAGACUCGAUCCGAGCAUCGCGUGACAUGCUCCGCAAGCUCGGAGCGACAUGGGAUCUGGAGGCAGAACUUCUCCGAGAGGCAACUGAGUCGCGUCUCAGUGAGGCCGAACUCGCACAGCCAGCCACUUCUGCCAUCCAGAUCGCCCUACUCGCCUUACUAGGAGCCCUGGGCGUGCGUCCCCGCGCCGUGGUGGGACACUCGAGUGGAGAGAUUGGUGCAGCUUAUGCAGCGGGCUAUUUAUCGCACGAGACGGCCAUCAAAGUUGCCUUCCACCGCGGGUUCAUGGCCCAAGCUGUCAGAGCCAAAAGACUUGGCCGCGGUGCUAUGCUGUCUGUAGGCUCGGGCGAGCAAGACGUCCAAAGGCACAUCGAGAGCUUGACUCGAGGCAUGGCCGGGGUUGCCUGUGUGAACAGUCCCCGUAGCGUGACCAUCUCGGGCGACUCUGACGCCGUGGACGAGGUUAUCGAGCGUAUUGCCGCAGCCGACGACGGCACAUUCCACCGCAAGCUUCUGGUUGACACUGCCUAUCAUUCGCAUCAUAUGCGCGCCAUCGCUGAAGACUAUGCAGCUCGGCUGGGAGUCAUAUCGGUUGAAAAUCCAUCCAACGAAAGCCCAGUAGCUUUCACUUCGUCAGUAACGGGCGAACCUAAGGCUUCGGGUUUCGAUGCCGCAUACUGGGUCGCCAAUCUCGUCUUCCCUGUUCGCUUUGCUGAUGCCGUCCAAGCAGCCGCUCGAAAUCGUCAUCAGCCAGACCAACACACCGUCUAUGUUGAGAUCGGCCCGCAUCCGUCGUUGGCGGGCGCUGUUCGCCAGAACCUCCAGCAUCCAGACGUCCCCAAACUGACCUUUGACUACCAUGGCCCCUUGCAGCGCAAAGUCGGCGCUGUUGCCAGUGCACUGGCGUUGGCGGGUAGGCUGUUUGAGCGAGGCAUAUCCAUCAACUGGCAAGUCGUAUCUUCACUGACCCCUGGCACCGACACAGCCAUGGUGCGACACGAUCUCCCCGCCUACCCAUGGGAUCAUUCAGUAAAGCACUGGCACGAGUCACGCGCGGCGCGUGCGUAUCACUUCCGCGAAGAGCCAUACCACGACCUUGUGGGCGUGCUUGUCCCCGACGCUACAGAUAUAGAGCCUAGGUGGCGUCACUUCCUCAGCCUGGGGACACUGCCGUGGCUGGCAGAUCACGUCGUCGAUGGCUUAGCCGUCUUCCCCGGAGCGGGUUACGUGUGCAUGGCUAUCGAGGCCAUAGCGCAGCUCGCCCGCCAGCGUUUUCCGGCCCGGGCUCUCGAGACCUUUGCGCUGUCUGAUGUUUCGUUCAAGCGAGGUUUGGUCGUGCCCGACCUGCCGUCGCAACGUGUCGAGACACAGCUGAGUCUGAAACCAGUACCGGGCGGUUUAUCCGACCUUGGCUUCCAAUUCGCUGUCACGGCACUGACCGACAGCGGCCAGUGGUAUGAGCAUGCCACUGGUGUCAUCGACGGAAUUUUGGCAGCUAGUGCUGAGGAUAUUAGUGCCAGUCCAAAGCCUCGAAAAGAAUCGUUGCCAGAGCUCCCACCAGGCAGCGAGACGAUCCACAAAGAAGCGCUGUAUGCCGACCUGGAGACCUUGGGUAAUGCAUACGGGCCAACGUUUGCUGGGCUGGACUCCAUUUCUAUAGCCCCUGAUGCGUCUGUGGCUUCGGCUUCAUUCGACGUGCCCGACGUGCAGGUUUCCAUGCCCUAUCAGCACCAGCGUGCGCACAUAAUCCACCCAUCCACCCUCGACAUCAUCUUACAUACGGUUUUGCCGCUCGUCAGCAGACGACUUGGUCCAGGUUCUGUUAUGCCAGUGCACAUUGACGAGCUACUAGUCGCCGCGAAGCCUUCUCUCCAAGAGCCCAAUGGGCAGCGCGUGCUUUCCGUGUCGGGCAUGGAGGUUCGCAGCCUGGCAGUCCACAGAUCUUCGGCGGAGAGCCCAGGCGGACGAGCUGUAUGCUAUGAGCUCAACUGGAAGCCCGACAUGGACUACCUAAGAGCCGCAGACCUACCAGAGAAGGCGUCGUUACUUGAUGUAUUUGGCACCAUCGCCUCGAAACGCCAUGGCCUCACUACUAUCGGCCUUGGCUGUGGCGUGGACUUGACAGCCGAGCUGCUGGAUACCAUCGAAUCUCAUGAUCACGCCGUCGUAUCGCAUGACUUCGUAGACGCGACGCCGAGCCGGUUUGACGACGCGGCGGGACGUUUUCAGAACAGGGGCUUCGCACUCCAGCUCCGUACGCUACGGCCUCAGUAUAGCACAGACGACGCAGCCGCUCGUGGGUUCGAGUCUUCCAAGUAUGACGUGGUGCUGGCCGUGUCUCCGAGAUGGCUCGCCCAGGCGUCGGUGCUGGUGAAGGCCGAGGGCCACAUUGUGCUCGUGUUAGGUGCGCGGGACUCCAAAGCUGCGACAGAAGUACCGGAGACGCCCGUCAUGCUACAGCAGCAACUCCGCUUCCACGACGAGGCUCGAGACAGGACAGUUGUGGUGGCAAAGCCUGCUGCUGCUGCUGCUCGCAUGCCGGCCAGGGUCCACAUCCUCACCCACUCUGACCCGACGCAGCAUGCCAAAGCAGCCUGGGCCUCAGCAAUCCAGAACAGGCUGCGCGGCCAGAACAUCACAGCAUCGAUCCAUGCCCUCGGAACCAGCACCGUCGAGGCCCUCAGAAACGGCCGGGGUGUUGACAGCAUUGAUGACGUGGUUUUGGUAGUUGACGACCAGGCCGACCUGCCUAUCCUCAGCGAUGCUCGAACAUUUGCCCCUGCCGCAGCCUUGUUGGGACUGCCCCAGGCUCGUGUGUUGCUUUCCACCAAAUUUCCGGGGUCUCGCGCAGAGCCCACGCCUCGUCACGGCGAGCUCCGCCUCGUCACGGUGCACGCCUCGGCCGGUCCGCUUGCGGACAUGACCGCUGGCCCCUCGCGCAGCCGGUUGAUUGACGUGGUCGUGGACGCGAAGCUGAACAGCGCUGUGGCGACGAGCGACGAUGGUUCUGGCCCCGAGACAGAGCCGCGUCUAUUUGCUGAUGACCGGCGCCCCGUCAUUUUGUCACCCGGCAGUUCUGGCCUUUUCGUUGACUAUGAGGUCCGCGCCACACCGCUGGGCAGUCAAGACAUCGAAGUACAGGUGCGAGCUAUGGCACUUCCGAACGCCGGGUCGAGAAUGGCUGGCAAUGGCCACCUGGGUGAAUAUGUAGGAGUGGUUGCAGAGGUUGGCGCCGGCGUCAAGUCGCUUGUCCCAGGAGACAGUGUUGUUGCCCUGGCUCCCGUUGUAGGCGCCAGCGUGUUGCGCAUCACAGCAGCUCAUGCCGGGAUCUUACCAUCCCAAUUACCGCCUACCGUCGUUGCUGCUCUGCUACUUGAUGCUAUGGCUGCGUCAUAUGUCUUGCAGAGCAUACCCUCCUCCGAGCAAAGCACGAUUUUGGUCCACGGAACCCUCUCCGCCGCUGGUCGAGCCGUCGUCGCACUCGCCCGGUUGCGUGGCUUCCGUGUCACAACUACUGCUGCGGACUCGACGGAAGCCCAAAUGCUGGAUGAGCAACUUAGUAUUGGGGAGGCGGACGUGCUUAUAAGCCGCCGUUCUCUCCACCGUCGACUGCCGAGCGACUUGUUCGUGCAUGGGGUGGAUGCCAUCAUCCAUGCGGACAGCGGCAGCGAGAAUGGUAUCCCCAAUGAAGCUUUGGGACUCAUCAAGCCAUUUGGCAAGCUCAUCGUCUUGGGUCGUUCCCUCCACGUGCCCGCGGCGGCCAAAAACCUUGCACUAAAUGUGGCUAUCCAUUUGGUCGACAUCGAGGGGCUACUCUUAGCCCAGCCAGACCUGAAACCGACUUUGAUUGCCGCAGCAGUGGCCACAUUAGAGCAUAUCCCGCUUUCUGGGCUGGAAUCGGCUGUGCAUAAUGUGGCCGAAGCGACCGAGAUGUUGCGGUUGAUCAACACGGGCGUACAUGCAAAGGCGGCGCUCCAAGCCGAUCCAGAUUCGACAGUUGACGUCGUCAAGAAAGCCACGGGCUCUUCCUGGGAUGAUGAGAAUGCCACGUAUGUCGUCUCAGGUGGGCUUGGGGACCUGGGGCAGCGUCUCUUGUUGAAGAUGGCGCGGCGCGGUGCUAAACAUCUAGCUAUCCUGUCACGUCGAGUGAUCAACCGCCAUACCCAUGACGAACUUCAGGCCAAGCUUGAGGCAUUCCGACCAGGCCUGCACCUGUAUACUCUGCAGUGCGACGUCUCAUCGGAGCAAAGCGUCCAGGCCGCAGCUGACGGCCUUAAGCGCCAGGGAGCACCUUCAGUGCGUGCCGUAAUUCAGAGUGCGGUCGUCUGGAAUGAUCGACUUCUUGAAAUGAUGACGCACGAAGAGUUCACAGGCGCCACCAAGGGAAAGGUAGCCGGGACGCUCGCCCUGCUCCGCGUGUUCUCGUCCCCUCACCUCUGUUUCUUCCUUUCGUUAUCAUCAACAGCAGGCAUUCUGGGCGCUGGCGGCCUGGCCAGCUACAACGCUGGCAAUGUGACGCAGGGCGCACUGGCGCACAUAACGAAGUCGAGCCCGACGCGUAUCCUAUCAGUCGAUAUUGGCUGGAUCGAGGACGCGGUCCAAACGAAGGACAGCAGCGCGCGCAAGCAGGGUUUGCGACAGGCGGGUGCCACCGCCCUUCGGGGCGACGAGCUGGCACGCUUCUUCGAAUACGUCCUCAGUGUGGCCUUAGACCCUGGCUUCGACGCCUUCCGCCAACUCGUCAUCGGCUUCGACGUCGAAUCUCUUGCCGGCGCGACAGCGCUCAACGGUAACACACGCUCGGCACUGUUCAACCAGGUGCGCCACGCCACGCGACGGCAAGCGACAAAAGAAAAGGGCGCCGACGCUGCCGAUAAGGCACAAGGACCGACGUUCGACCAGGUCGUCGCCGAUGGCGACCUGGCGGCCGUGGCCAGCUUCAUCGCGACGUCCAUGGCGGUGCAGCUGGCCCGGCUGAUUUCGGUCGAGCCAGGCACGAUCGACCCGCGGCAGGGUUCGAUCAUGGCGCUCGGUUUAGACUCUCUGGUGGCAGUGGAGCUGCGCAACUGGGCGAUGCGGCAGUUCGACGCGCCCUUGCAGUCGUCCGAGAUCCUGGCCAACCAGACGGUACACGCCUUGGCGGAAAAGGUUGCGUUACGGUCGAAGAAGGUCAGCUUGGCUGUGGCAGCGACGGCGUGA